ACCACAACCACCACUCCCACUACUACAACUCCCACUACUACAACCCAGACUCCUACUAAAACCACAACUCCCACUACCACAACUCCCACUACUACCACAACUCCUGCUACCACAACCACAACUGCCACUACCACCACUCCCACUACUACAAUAACUCCCACCACCACAACAACCCCAACUACCACUUCCACGAUUAUUGUGGUAACUCCCACCACCACAACACCCACUACUUCAACAACUCCCAGUACUACCACAACUCCCACUACCACAACUCCCACUACUACCACAACUCCUGCUACCACAACCACAACUCCCACUACCACCACUCCCACUACUAAAACAACUCCCACCACCACAACAACCCCAACUACCACUACCACCAGUGUUGUGGUAACUCCCACUACCACAACACCCACUACUUCAACCACAACUCCCACCACUACAAUCACAACUCCCACUACCACAACACCCACUACUACUACAACUCCCACUAUUACAACCACAAUUCCGACUACCACAACUCCCACCACUACAACAACUCCCACUACAACAAUUACAACUCCCGCUACUACAACUACAACUCCUUCCACAAUUCCCACUACCGCAAAUCCCCCUACAACAAUUACAACUCUCACUACUACAACCACAACUCCCACUACUACAACCCCGACUCCCACUACUACAACCACAACUCCCACUACUACAACCACAACUCCCACUGUUGUGUCCCACUACCACAACAACUCCCACUACUACAAACACGUCUCCCACUACCACCACUCCCACUACUACAACUUCCAUUACUACGACUCCCACUACCAACACAACAAUCACUACUACAACAACUCCCACAACCACAACUCCCACUACUCAAAUAACUCCCAUCACUACAACCACAACUCCCACUACCAUAACUCCCAUUGCUACAACCACAACUCCUGA